AUGGCCCUCCGCGAGCACCUCGCGGCCGUCCGCGCAGCCUUCAACCGCCGCCUGCUGCUCUCCUGCGCCCUCAUCGCCUUCUCGCAGAUCAACUUCGGCUUCGACCAGGUCGCCUUCUCGACCACGCAGGCGAUGGACGCCUUCGAGCGCGAGUUUGGCGUGCAGAACAGGAAGACAAAGGCCUUCGCCCUCGAGCCGACCUACCUCGCCAUGCUCAACGCCCUCCCCUACCUGGGCUUCCUCGCCGGCCUCUUCCUCGGCAGCUCCGUCAGCGCGCGAUGGGGCCGCCGCAUGGUCAUGUUCGCGAUGAGCGUCCACGCGAUGGUCAUGGUCCCCAUCACCGUCACCUCGCGCUCCAAGCAGCAGAUGCUCGCCGCCCGAGUACUCAACUCCGCAGAUAUCUACCUCGGGAUGGAGCUCGCCGUCGUGCCCGUCUUCCAGGCGGAGAUCGUCCCCCCCCAGGUGCGCGGCGCCGUCGUCGCCACCUACCAGCUCUGCAUCUACGUCGGCGGCCUCAUCAUGAGCCUCGUCUGCCGCGGCACCAUCCGCCUCGACGGCAACGCCCAGUGGCAGAUCCCCCUCGCCCUCUUCGGCUUCGUCCCCCUCGUCGUCGCCUCGCUCGUCUGGUUCAUCCCGGAGUCCCCCCGCUGGCUCCUCGUCAAGGGCCGCCACGACGACUCGCUCAGCGCCCUGCGCAGCCUGCGUGACGGCCGCUUCUCCGAGGAGCAGAUCCUGGCCGAGUACACCGCGCUCCGGGACCGCCUCGGCCGCGAGUCCACGCACAGCGCCAGAUACGUCGACUGCUUCCGCGGGACCGACCUGCGCCGCACCCUCAUCGCCGUCGGCGUCAACGUCUUCCUCCAGGCCACCGGCCAGGUCUUCACCGCCCGCUACAGCGCCGUCUACAUCAAGUCCCUCGACACCGUCGACCCCUUCUCCAUCACCAUCGUCAACCAGCUCGUCAACCUGCUCGGCGUCGCCAUCUCCAUGGUCCUCGUCGACCACGUCGGCCGACGUCCCCUGCUCUACGCCAGCAGCGCCCUCCAGACCGUCGCCUGGUUCGCCAUGGCCGGCCUCGGCACCCCCCGCGCCCCCACCCACGCCAUGCGCUCCGCCAUCGUCGCCCUCAUCGCCUUCUUCAACAUCUCCUUCUGCAUCGGCUGGGCCCCCCUCUCCCACACCGUCGCCGCAGAGGUCCCCUCCUCCCGCCUCAGGGACAUGACCUUCCGCACCGCCAACGCCGUCAACCUCAUCAUGCAUCCACGGCUGACCGGCAGGCUCGUCAUCACGCUGGUCAUCCCCUACCUCAUCGACGACAAGUACGCCGGCCUCGGGACCAAGAUCGGCUACGUCUUCGCCCCCCUCUCCGUCCUCUCCCUCCUCUUCACCUACUUCUACGUCCCCGAGACCACCGGCAAGUCCCUCGAGGAGCUCGACGCCCUCUUCGCCGACCGCGUCCCCACCCGCCAGUUCAAGACCGCCGUCGUAGACCCCGCAAAAGCAGACCCCGCAAAGGCAGACCCUUCGCUCCCCGGCAAGGACCCCAACGCCGCCCAUCUGGAGGUCGCGUAG